AUGGCGGCAAGUCAUUCUUGUACUGGCAUCGAUGCCCUUCUUCUUGAAGAGGCUCCCCGACUGCCUUGGUCCAGCGGCUCCGAUAAAACUAUUCACGCUAUUGAAAUGCUUGAGAAUUUUGCCUACAAUGACAUGGAAUCGCACGUGCCUACGGAAGCGGCCCUUCUCCGGCUACACAUUCAAGAGGGUACUUCUACUGGCUGCUUCGACAGUCUUGUCGAUAAUGUCAACUCUAUUACCAACGCCGUCCUUCCCGAAGUUCGUCGAACAAUAGAGUCUGGCGCCUUUUCACUAAGGGAUCUGAUAAACUUGCGUCAUGUCUCCACAACUUUCCCAGGACAGGAAACUACGUGUAUUUACCUACGAAUCUAUGCCAAUCAAGACAGAGGCGAUCAACCCUUUGCAGAUGGCACUCAGGCAAACAUUGACAAGACUGUCGGUCUUUAUAUCGGCAAAACAACGAACAUGGAGAAUCGACUUCGUAUCUAUCAACAGGCCCUGGAGGAUCCUUCUUCAACAUCACAGCACGUCUAUAUCAAUCGACGAUCCUCACCGGCAAACCAGCAUAUGAUUCCACUCAUGGUUUGGACAGGCAAUGUCUCACCUCAUAUUGUAGCAAUGGCAGAGCAAAUUAUGGUUCUUUUGUUCAGGACUUACCUAUCUUUCCUUUACAUACCAGAACACAAGGAUUCCAGGACAAUCCUGGCUUCCGAGCGCGCAAAGUUCUUUAGUUCAGUCAUGAAAACUACUGCCACUGCAACUGGCUGGCCAUGUCUGCGCCCCAAAGGAUGCAACUUCGACAGCCCUCUGUUCUGCUUUGGAUUAGCUACCGACAUCAUCGCCAUAGGCGCAGCACCAGGUGAUCCGAAUAGUCGGGCCCUCACUAGCUAUCGACUGAAACGAAACCUGAACGUUCGAACUACCUCGAAUGGUUAUAUCUCGUUUACUGUCUCACUCUCUUCAGAUAACACCCAUUCAUCCGGUACUUCUCGCCGCAGAUGGUGUUUUUCCAUAAACAACGAGUAUUUAAUUGCUCAACGCCCGAAAUAUGUCUAUCUCGUUUUUGAGAUAAUGAACGACAACAAACCCCAUCCCCGACCCUGGAUUGGAAUGCCCUUUGCGUCUCAAUUUGAAAAUUUCGAACAAGCGUCAAGUUUAGGAGUUCAUGUUGAGUGGUAUAAUGAUUCUACUGAAAGUUGGUGUAAGGUGUCGUUGCAGAAGCAGUUGGUUGGCAAACACGCUAACUGGAUUCAAAAUCGCGACCACGAUGCGUUCUUGCGCCCCUAUUACGAUUCAAUGGCCAUGAUCCAAGGCUUGAGGGGAUUGGAGUAUACUGGAACUCUGAAUGGUCACCCUAUGCGAGUCAAGCUUUCAAACCCGGUGAAGACGCUGGAGACUCUUCACCUGUCUCAGCAUUAUCGCCUCCAGCCUCGACCUACCACCAAAUGCUCAGCCCCAUCUAGAGCAUCGUGGGACUACAAUUUCCAGCUAAUGUUUCAGAAGUUCUCGGGCCCACAUACGGUAGUUGGACCUUCAACAGCACCGCUGGCCACUUCUGGAAGCAUGUGCGUCGCUCCCAUGGAUCUUUCAAUUAGUACCACCUUAGGCCAGGAACGGCGAUGUUGCGAUACAUGCUACGUCUCUUCGGCAGGUAAAGCUGUCAGAUGUGAACCAGAGCCGGGGCACCCCCAUGGAUGCUGUCGACUAUGUGCAUUGUACAACCGCCCUUGCACGUUCACCCCUUUCAGUCAACUCAGCACACUCUGGGGUAAUCGCCUACCUCAUGUGACGGCUACGCGUGCACUGGCAAGAUUCCCGAAUGGGCCAUUUCGCUCUCUUGCUUAUCAUCGCACCAUGAAUCCCGAGGAAAUUGCCGAAAUUUGGCCUGUACAGGUACCAUUGAAUGAAAAAUUCGGGGUUUGGAAUGAUGAUGAAAAUGAAGAGGAAGAACAAGAGGGAGAGGGAGAGGAAGAAGACGCUGAAUAA